GCAGCCCGCGGCAGCAUGUCCGGCACCAAAUACGUAGACUCGGAGGGCUUUCUGUACACGGCGCCCGUCCGGGAGCAGGGCAAUAUCUACAAGCCCAACAACAAGAUGAUGGCAGAUGAGCUGAGCGAAAAGGCGGUGCAUGACGUGCACACCAAAGAGAUCGACCUGGUCAACCGAGACCCCAAGCACCUCAACGACGACGUGGUUAAGAUUGAUUUUGAAGAUGUGAUUGCUGAGCCAGAGGGAACACACAGCUUUGAUGGGAUUUGGAAGGCCAGUUUUACCACCUUCACUGUAACGAAAUACUGGUUUUAUCGUUUACUGUCAGCAAUCUUUGGUAUUCCUAUGGCUCUCAUCUGGGGCAUCUACUUUGCCAUUUUGUCAUUCCUGCACAUCUGGGCGGUGGUGCCAUGCAUAAGGAGCUACCUGAUUGAGAUCCAGUGUAUUAGCCGUGUCUAUUCCAUCUGCAUCCACACGUUCUGCGACCCGCUCUUUGAGGCCAUAGGCAAAGUGUUCAGCAGCAUCCGAGCCACAGUACGGAAAGAGAUCUGA